GCAGCCUGGCUGUUUGAAAAAAAACGUUCUGGCUUCCGGUACAGUCUGAGUUUUCUCCAUUCAACUCAGGUUGUUUCCAGUCGAUUUUCUACCGGGACCAAUCAGCGAACAAAAGGAGAAAUUAUAGAUUAUUACCACGACAGAUGGCUGUGCGGCUCUUUGAGGGGAAAGACCAUGCAGUCUCUUACCUGCAGUACAGAGUGACGCCCCACGAAAUGAUCAGCAAAAUAAUGAGCUACGUGGAGCAGAAGACACCGCAGCAGUACAAACUGGCCGUGGAUGUGGGCUGUGGUCCGGGGAAAGGGACGGUCCUUCUGGCUCCUUUCUUCACCAGGGUGGUUGGAACGGACAUCAGCCAGGCUAUGAUAGAAAGAGCGCUAGCCAAAAGCAACCCACCAAACAUUUCAUACAGACGUUGCCCUGCAGAGGAGAUGCCCUUUGCGUCAGGGGAGGUGGACCUUGUGACGGCCAUGACGGCGGCCCACUGGUUCGACCGGCCGCGGUUCCUCCAGGAGGUUGACAGGGUGCUCAGACCUGGAGGCUGCCUUGCUCUCCUGAGCUACACCAUGGACAUGAUCCUGGAAUACAGAGAAGUCUCAAACGUCCUGAACGACAUCUGCCGAGAGUUCUACGCUGCCCUGCUUCCCUACCGAAGUUCUUAUUUAGGACCAAGCUCCAGGAAGAUUUACUCUGACAUGUUUAACUCCUGCUCUUACCCUGACAAAGAAUGGACUGAGUGCCAUCCAGUGAGAAGGACCCUUCCAGUGAGUGGGUUCAUAGGCAUGGUGGAGACAUUCUCCAGCUACCAGCAGCUGAAGCAGAAGGACCCUUCUGAAGCUGAUCAUCUCUCCAACAGGAUCCUGACCAAGUUACUGACCGCCAUGAAUGCGUCCUGUCCUGACACUGAAGUGGUGGUGAUCGUGAACUAUUUCGGCAUGCUGGCGUGCAAACCUUCAUCUGAAUGAAACUUUCUGCGCUUUGGAACGCCACGCGGCGCGCAAACCCAAACCUGGAAGCCCAGAUGGAGGGUCUGAGCAUGCCGAUUCAUGGCUUUUGCUCCACACUUUUAAUGGGUAAUAAAUAUUUAGCAGUACUGGUGCUCUGUGUGAACAUGUCAAAAGU